AUGGUCCUCUAUCAACCCGAAAAUAAACACGUCUUCAAAGCCUUCGACCUGACGGGAAAAGUCGCCGCCAUCACAGGAGGCGCCCGUGGAAUCGGUCUCGAAGUCUCGACUGCUCUCGCAGAAGCAGGCGCAAAUGUCGCAUUAAUCUACAAUUCAUCCAAAACCGCCGACGCGAUCGCUGCAGACAUCGCGACCCGGAACAAUGUACGAGCCACGGCGUAUCAAGCCGAUGUGACGAGCCAGACGGAUAUCGAGCGAGUAAUCCAGCAGAUCGCCAUGGAGUUUGGCAAACUCGACAUCGUCGUCGCGAACUCCGGAAUCACGUCCUGUAUCGCAGCGGAAGAUUACACGAUGGACCAGUGGCGUGAGAUCAUGAAGGUGAAUCUCGACGGCGCGUUCUACACGGCGCAAGCGGCGGCCCGCAUUUUCAAGAACCAUGGCCGUGGGAAUGUGAUUUUCACGGCGUCGGUUAGCGCCACCUUGGUCAAUGUACCGCAAAAACAGACGGCUUACAAUGCUUCCAAAGCUGCGGUAGUGCAAAUGGCGAAAUGUCUGUCUGUAGAAUGGGUAGACUUCUGUCGUGUUAAUUGCAUUUCUCCCGGGUUCAUCGCCACAGAUAUCCUGGAUAUACAUCCUGAGGAAUGGCGGGAAAAGUGGUAUAGUAUGAUUCCGGCGAAGCGCAUGGCCAGUGCGUAUGAGCUUAAGGGGGCAUAUGUGUUCUGCGCCUCGGAUGCGUCGAGCUAUAUGACCGGGGCGGAUAUUGUUAUUGAUGGGGGGUAUACAUUGCCUUGA